AUCAAAUACGCGGGUUCAGACACAGACUUCAGCGCCUCCCCAGCUUUCUGUAAACAGAUUCGCAGGGUGGAGUCGGAGGAGCAGAGGGUGAUAGGAACGCAGACCCCGCUGCAGGCGCUGCUGGAGGGCCUGAUCGCAGACAGAGAGCUCCCUGCCAAGGACAAGAGGAAACGCCUCAAACAGUUCCAGAGGUCGUACCCAGACGUCUAUAACUAUCGAUUUCCCACGGAGGAAAGCAAAGCUGCUGCACUGCCUGAGAAAGCCCCACGACUCAAACCUCACCUCAUGUUCCUCAGGAAACCUUUCCAGCCCUUCCAGAGGAGCUGGAGCUUCAGAGCGUGAGGAACCCCGCUGACACAUCUACUCUCAUGCUGUACACACAACUCUAACUCAGCGUCAUGAGGAGAACACUGUGGUUGUAACGUUACUCUGGCCAUACAAAUAAUGUUUAAAAAGAAUAACUGGACAAGGCUGUAGCACUGUUAACCUAAGAUAAUACUGUAAAGGGUUGGUUCACACAAAUACACUUAAUUAUAAUAAUAAGACAUCCUAACUGUUUUACUCUUAGCACUAUCUGAGGCUGCAUUUACACGGGAACGCAAACAAACCGAAUUCGAUAUCAAAUAAGUCUUCCGUUCACACGGAUACGGCU